AUGUGCAAACACAUCUUGAACGCGCAAGUCUCUAUCCGCGCACCAUGUUGCAAGCAAUGGUACGACUGCGCUGAAUGCCAUGCCGAAGCGCAGACACAUCCCUUGGGGAAAACGACGGAAAUGGCGUUCAUUUGCAAGAAGUGCAAGAAAGCAUUCCGGAAAGAUAUGUCCGUGUACGAAGAGAGUGAUGAAUAUUGCCCGCAUUGCGAUAACCAUUAUGUGCUAGAGGCGAAGACGCCUCAUGCCGUAGUGGGGGUGGAGGGUGAAGAUGCUAGGGUGGACGCUCGUAUGCUCAAGGACGAUCGUGUCAAGCAGGUAGAAAAGAAGUCCAUCUUUGUGAGGGAUGACUUUUCGGAUAUCCUUGGAUGA